AAUGAUACCCCAUCUCUCGCCCCUACUGGCACACGGAUGGUGUGCCUAUUCCUCUCCCAUUUUAAAUCAAAACAAACAUAUAUGGUUUAAAUGGUUAAAACAAAAAACGAACCAUAAUGUUUCGGUUUGGUUUUGAUGCUCAGCCCUUUUGACUCUCUCUCUCUCUCUCUCUCUCUCUCCCUCUCUGAAAUUUGAAGGUCUUUUGAAGCUACAAUCUCUCGAGUUCUCAACAAGGAGGAGGACGACGACUCGCCUAUAGGGUUUUUCGAGGUUUCUCUUCUCAUCAUUCUUCGCAGUCGACCUUUGAGUCUCAGAGUCUCGGCCUUACGGCUACAGGCGUAGGAGCCCAAAAGGGGAAAAAUAAAAGCAGAUAAAUGCAUGAACCUGUGAUAAAUCUCUAAAUCUCCAUGUUCCUUUUUCUCCUUCACUUACACCAUCACCGUUUUGUUCCGUGUUUCAAAAGUGUACGCAUAUCAUGUGCAGUACAGAAAUGUUGAAAGAAGAUGGGUAGAACAUUUCGUGUGGGAGCAGAUCUUUGCCGAGUUUUAGGGGGAGCACGCCUCGUCCAUCCCAGGCCUCUCUGCUCCAACAAUUCCAUUGUCUCAAAAGGAAACAACAAUGAAAACAGCAACAAGGAUGCUACAAUAAGGGAUAACGAUGUGUACCGCCAAUUAGAGAAACUGGAUUUCAUGACUGCUGCUAAGAUUCUUUUCACCACACCCCCCAAGAAGAAGAAGUUUGGGCUUGAUUUUCAUCUAGUACAGCUCUUCUUUGCCUGCAUGCCUUCAUUGGCUGUAUUUUUGGUGGCUCAGUAUGCUCGCUAUGAGAUCAGAAAGAUGGAGACGGAAGUGGAACUCAAAAAGAAGCAGGAGGAAGAAAAAGCAAAGGAGAUGGAGUUGAAGGCCACAGAAGAAAAGGAAGAAGUUGGCUCUGAUCCAGAGCUGUUGAAGGUGAAAGUCAGACUGGAUGCAUUAGAAGAGACAGUAAAGGAGAUUGCUGUUGAAACAAAGAAACUGUCAAGUGGCAAUGAGAAAUGAUCACCACCGUGAGAGAGCAUCAUGCAGCUGUUGGCUCAAGCCCCCAAAAUAAAUCAGAAGACAGCACUCGUGUGAAGCAGCAGUAGAAAAUCCAAACCAGAUUGAAGCCAAGAGAGAAUGCAUGUGUCAGAUCCAGCUCUUGAUACCUCACAAAGAAUCAGAAAGGGAAAUAAAAAUCUGUUAAUGGAGGAGCUUCACAGGAGCUGAGGUAAUAUUGGUCUUGAACAUGCUUGGGUUUCAUCACUUGAUUUAAUUGGAAAAAAAGGUAUUGAUCAACCAAAAGUCAUACCCCCCCCCCCCCAAACAUGUUGACUUGAGUCCUGUUUUUGUACUCUGAAUAUUGCCGUGUGAAUCCAUUGGAUUACUAGGCUCAAAGGAUGUCUUGAGAUUUGGGCUAUAAUAUUUUGACUGUACAAGUUUUGGAACCAAAGCACUGGUUAAGAUUCUUAUCAAUGGUGUUUUUUCCCUUCAA